AUGUCAAUUCAGAUGACGACUGUAGGAAACGGCAAUAAUAGCAUGACACCUGUAGUCGUUAAUUCACGCCCCGACGAUAUUCGGAAGCGCGUGAUAGGGGCGGACACUCAGACCGCAGAUUUAACAAGAUGUGGAAAUAUUUUAAUAGGACUAUCAUGGGUGCUGGUUAUUCUCACCAUGCCAUUCUCACUUUUUAUAUGUUUCAAGGUGGUGCAAGAAUAUGAAAGAGCUGUAAUAUUCAGACUUGGAAGAUUAUUAUCCGGUGGCGCCAAAGGACCUGGUAUAUUUUUUAUACUGCCUUGCAUCGAUGCUUAUGCCCGAGUGGACUUACGUACCCGGACAUACGACAUUCCUCCCCAAGAAGUGCUAACAAAGGACAGCGUGACUGUUUCGGUCGACGCAGUAGUUUAUUACCGAGUUAAUAAUGCAACUAUAUCGAUCGCUAAUGUGGAAAAUGCUCAUCACAGUACACGUUUACUUGCACAAACGACAUUGCGUAAUACUAUGGGUACGAGGCCGCUUCACGAAAUAUUGAGUGAGCGCGAAACAAUUUCCGGUAACAUGCAGGCUUCGCUGGAUGAAGCGACAGACACCUGGGGAAUUAAAGUUGAGCGAGUGGAAAUCAAAGACGUCCGUCUCCCGGUACAAUUACAACGUGCGAUGGCUGCAGAAGCUGAAGCUGCUCGUGAAGCACGUGCAAAGGUAAUUGCCGCUGAAGGUGAACAAAAGGCUAGCCGAGCGUUGAGAGAGGCAUCAGAAGUUAUCGGGGAUUCUCCCGCUGCUCUGCAGCUUCGGUACCUCCAGACUCUGAACACAAUAUCCGCGGAGAAAAACUCGACCAUAGUUUUCCCACUUCCGAUCGACAUGCUGACAUAUUUCAUGCGCGCAUCAGAAGCCGCUCCUAAAUAA